AUGAGCUCGACAGACGUCGUGGCCAAUGGCCACAGCCACGACUUUGAAUAUACUUAUAACCAAGAUCACGUUCUGCGACCGCGGCCGCGGAAACCGCUGCAUGCGCAGGUGUCGCAGCUUUCGGCGGCGUCAUCCACCGAUGGCGACAGCCAGCACCUGAACCUGCCGGGCGAGAAUGGAGCGGGGAGUGCCACAACGAGCGGCCGUUCAACUCCCGUCCCGGAAAACGCUCCGCCAUCGACCAAAUCGCUCUCCUCUGCCCGCAAGCAGGUCCGCGCCGAGCAGCGCCGCCGCAUCUUCCCUACCAUCGAGUUCUCCUCGCGCGUCUCGCACUUCGACCCCGAGAGCGACUACCGCGACUUCCAUGGCUUCUUCAACCUCUUCUGGAUCGGCCUCGCCAUCAUGGGCAUCACCACCAUGCUGCGCAACAUGAAGGACACGGGAUAUCCCAUGCGCGUGCAGAUCUGGGGCCUGUUCGCCGACAAGCUGUGGCAUCUCGCCGUUGCCGACUUCCUCAUGGUCGCCAGCACCGCCGUCAGCUUGCCGCUGCACCGCUGGGCCAGGACGAUGCCGAGGGGUGGUGUCUGGGGCUGGAGCAGGGGCGGCAUGGCGAUCCAGAGCAUCUACCAGGUCUUCUGGCUGGCGUUCUGGAUCAGCGUGCCCUUUUUGCUGGAGUGGACGUGGACGGCGCAGGUCUGCCUGCUGCUGCACACCAUGGUGCUGCUCAUGAAGAUGCACUCGUACGCCUUCUACAACGGCCACCUCUCCGAAACCGAGAAGCGCCUGCGCAGCCUCGACGAGCCCAACGCCUCCAGACAAGAUCGCAGCCCCGCCUACGUCUACCCUAGCGCCGACCACCGCAAGGGCAGCGUGUCCGGCAUCCCCAUGCCCCGUCCCACCGAGCCCGCCGGCAACCAGGACGACAAGAAGGACCGCAAGGCCAAGAAGCAGCAGCAGCAGAACGGCACAAACGGCACAAAUGGCCACGUCCACGCAGACCACGAGCCCACCAGCGCCGACGAGAUCGACGAGCUGCGCGAGGACCUCGCCCGCGAGCUUACGAGCCCCAUGGGCAACGUCACGUACCCGCGCAACCUCACCUGGCCCAACUACAUCGACUUCCUGUGCUGCCCGACGCUCUGCUACGAGCUCGAGUACCCCCGCAACGCCACCAUCAACUGGACCUCGCUCAUCUCCAAGAUCAUCGCCACCUUUGGCUGCAUCUUCCUCCUGACAAUCACCUCCGAGGAGUACAUCCUGCCCGUCCUCGUCGACGCCUCGCAGCGCCUCGAAGCCGCCUCCGCCUCGUCCUCCGUCGUCCUCGAAUCAUGCCUCAUCCUCGCCGAGACAAUCUCCUGGCUGCUCUUCCCCUUCAUGCUCACCUUCCUGCUCGUCUUCCUCGUCAUCUUCGAGUACGUCCUCGGCGCCUUUGCCGAAAUCACUCGCUUCGCCGACCACUACUUCUACGCCGACUGGUGGAACUCGACCGACUGGAUGGAGUUCUCGCGCGAGUGGAACGUCCCCGUGUAUUCCUUCCUGCGGCGCCACGUCUACAGCGCUUCUCGCCCGCACACGGGCAAAGCGUUUGCCACUUUCAUCACGUUCCUCAUCUCCGCCGUCGGGCACGAGAUUGUCAUGGCGUGCAUCACAAAGAAGAUUCGCGGCUACGGCUUCGUUUGCCAGAUGCUGCAGCUACCUAUUGUCAUGAUGCAGCGCACCAAAUGGGUCAGGGGCCGCAAGACGCUCAACAAUGUCUGUUUUUGGUGUUCCAUGAUUUUGGGCCUCAGCUUGAUUUGCGCGCUCUACGUUCUCGUAUAA